AUGGAAUCUGGAGUACCAUUGCUAAAUCUACUCUGCGACGAGGAUAUUUCCUCUUUGAAUUCGAAUUUAUUCGACAAAAACGAUAAUCCCUUUGAUUCCAUUACUAUUACAGAGCCCGACUGCGAGUUCAUCGAAAGUUCGUUUCGAAAAGAGACUAGUUUUCGAGCCACUCGAGUCGAAAGAUGGCCCGAAAGUGCCCGUUUGGAAGCCGUCAAAUGGAUUCUUCAAACAAGAGCUCUGUUUGGAUAUCACUAUCGUACAGCCUAUCUAGCAUUAAUUUAUUUCGAUCAAUUCUUGGCUAAAACAUGCUUUUCAGAUGGAAAAACGACGUGGACUAAUAGAAUAUUGUCGGUAGCUUGUUUAUCGCUGGCCGCAAAAAUGGAGGAAAGUAAAGCACGACCCUUAAUCGAAUAUCGUGUCGAAGGAUACGAUUUUCAAGGAAUCGCGAUUCAGAAAAUGGAACUCUGCGUUUUGCACGAACUCGAAUGGAAAAUGGGUGUUUUAACUCCUUUUGCAUAUCUUAACUAUUUUACUGCCAAAUUCUGCACCGAAAAAUCUAGGCUACACGAGAUUGCGACUCGAGCUGCAGAGUUGGUCAUGGCAAUUGUGGAAGAGAUUAAUGCAGCCGAAAAUCGGCCAUCAAUAAUUGCGGCUGCAUCAGUAUUAACAGCAUAUGAUCAUAACUUGGAAAGUGCAGUUUUGGAGGAUAAGAUAAAUUCGAUCCCUUCAUGGGGUUCACCCGAGAAAGACCUCGCGUUCUCUUGUUAUCGUCUACUCCAAGAGAUUGUGAUGCUAAAGACCCCCAAGUCGGCUGUAAUUCCAAGUUCUUUAUUAGCUAAUAAUGAUUCAACCAUCACGUCCAAAUGUGGCUCUAAAAGAAGGCUCAACUUUGGCGAUAGUGAUGAACAUUGA